GCCACUCUUCUUAUUAAAAAAAUAUGGCCCUAUCAAAAUAUAUACGACUUGAAGAAUCAAAGUGGAUUUGAAUCACGAAACCACACGAGAAAUUAAGAGCAACAAGACGUGCGAAGAACAGAAGAAAGAAAAGCUUCUUUACAAGAAAACCGCGCUUUAGUUCCAGACGUAUCAGUAAAAAGGUGGUAAAGGCGACAUCAAUCGAAAAUUCAGCACUUGUUUUACAUUGUAAUCAAACCUACCGCGAUGGCGUACGAUAUGUUCUACAAAGGGUACUUCCUAACUCCAAACCUGACAAUGGCCAUUAUCUAUAUAAUUUUUGGCAUCUAUACUGUUGUUGGCAAUAUUCUAGUUUGCUGUGUUUUCAUCAAAGACCCAGGUCGAAAUCUCAGGCGGACUUCCAACUACUUUGUAGUGAACUUAAGCUUGGCUGACAUCCUGGUCGGGAUUGCAGUAGAACCUAUAAAUGCGGCAAGCUACUGGACUAAUAAUAACGAGAUCCUCUUCGUUUAUUAUGUCUUUGCUUGCCUUUCUUGUAUCUGCUCCAUACUAAAUAUCUGCGCUCUUAUGGUAGACCGUUAUGUGGCCGUAAGAUAUCCAUUCCAGUACCGUACGAUCGUGUCUGGACCAAGAGUAAAACUAGCUUUAGUAAUCAUAUGGAUUCUAUCAAUACAUUUUGGUGUUCUACCGAUCCUUGGCUGGCGUUCAGAGAGUUUUCAAGUUUAUUUAUACGCACUUGGAGUCUUGACUCCGACUCUUGUCAUGCUAGUGACGUACUACGGCCUGACGAGAAUUCUCAAAAAGCAGGUUGAAAAUUUGAAGAAUAUCUCUGACACUAAAGAGUCAGCUUUCACUCGAAGAGGCGUCGAGCGAGAAAAGAGAAUUUCAACCACAGUUUUUAUCAUGCUCAUGGUUUUUCUCACCGCUUGGUUUCCUUUCGUCAUUGUUGAUUUUCUUUUAGUUUUUGGCUCCACAAGUCAAGAUCCUGAUGUGCGUCUUGCACGGGAUAUUACACUCAGUCUCGGGUUUUUCUCCUCUGGUAUCAACCCCGUAUUGUACGCUUGGAGAAUUCCUAACUUUAGAAGAGGGCUUCUUAUCUUGUUACGUUUGAAUAAAGUGCGUAAGAUUCGAGUUGGUCAUCAUUUAAACUCCUCUGUGCUACAUACGAAUUAUAGUAUUAAUAGCGUUAACCAAAACUAAAGAAAGAAAAAUCACGUUUGGGGCACUGGGCUCUCAAACAAGAAAGACCUAUGCGGAUUAGGACUUAUCUAGCUCGCUGGAGCGUGCUCAGAGCCAUCCGAUGUAUAUAAGAACAAGAGCAAAAUUUUGAAUAAUGCAAGUCGUGUUAAAGGAAGGAAAAAAGGGGAGUAGCCUAGUGAAAACACCGCUCGAAGCACAGUAGAAAAAGAAAAAGCUCAAAGGAACCAGAAGAAAAAAGGAACAAGAGCUGAACGCUGCUCUCAGAUUAGAAUUAACAAGUUUUCAAAACGUCUUUCCAGUGAGGAGACGGUAGAAAGUUCAGGAAAUAACAACUUAAUAAUAAGUUUUGAUGGUUCAAGUGUCCUGUCACUGUAAGCUUAGAAGAAAGAACAGAAGCUACUAGAAGUUAAAUAAAUAUUUGGAAAUUCCAGUCAGGAUUAUUCAUAUCACAUCAAAACGUUUUGUCUCUGAUUUAUAAAAUAUUGGAGUCUUUUUCGUUGGUCCUUAAACAAAAAUCUCCCCUGUAUGGUGGAGGCCUUUUUCACUGUAUGAGGUCUUUUUCAAACAACUUAAAAGUCUGUACAAAAAAUAUCAUUUUUUUGUAAGUGAAAUACAAUUACCGUAAAACUGAGCGACUCUCUUUAGGCUGAAACGAAAAUUUCAAGAGGAAAAGUAAUUAUGGAAUCAUUCGGACUUAUCUUUUUUUAAGUUAAAGUAAUUAUGAAUCAAAUCAGUAAUAGUAUUAAUGUCGAUAAGUCCUGAAUCGAAUGUAAAUGAACUAUUAAUUGUUUUAAAUGUAUGUGACUUAAAUUUUUUCCAGAACUCUUUUUGUUUAUUUACGCAUAAAAACUGGUCUUCUAGGUAAGCAGAAAUAAAAGAAAUACGUUGACGUAAUGGAAGUCGGUAGCAAAGACUUUUAUUCCACAUUACAUAGCCUGAGGACUUCCGAAGGCUUUUGGAGAUUGCAUACAUUCAACCACUGGAUAAGGAGUUACUAUGGGCACCUUGGCGAAGUACUAUAUGUCAAUAUUUGCGUUUAAAAAGGCUUACUCUUAGCUCAGUUCUUAAAAUAAA